AUGUUCACCCAGGACCCCCUGAAACUCAAAGUGUUGCUUGGAAACGGAUAUCUUGAUAUCGAAGAUGCUGUAAAACGGGAACAUGACUUCGUUCUUGAGACACUUAUCAGUGCCUUUCUCUUACUUCCACUCAGUCCACACACUCUCACUCGGCUUCAACUAGGGGACUGUUUUCGCCGUUCACUCCAGUCUAGUCGGCAAACAACACCGUAUCGCCUCCACACCAUUGUUACCGAGUGCAAGGCCGGAUCAGUCGACACAUCCUCGCUGGAGGCGAAGUUUUUCGAGUACGGAGGAGUUCGAACUGUCACUGCUCUCGCCGCUGCAGCAGCGGACAAUAAGCAGAUAGUGAGCCUGCUAAAAGGUCUUUCAAAUGCUGAAUUCCAGGCCUUUCUGAAGUCCAUCGAUGCCAUUGAACCACACCGUGAUUUUCUCUUCAUCAUCGAGACGCCCGAGAGAAAAAGACCAUCGAGACUAUCGAAGCGAAAACACGUCCUGGGUCCUCGCCCUCCUCGCCCUCGUGGCCACUAUUCUCAUAUUCCCGGCAGUGUUCCACAGGCUCUAGAAAGGUUCCAAAUGGUGAAUGACUAUUCUCUCAAUAACCUACCGGCAACAUCACAUACGCAUCGCUUGAAUGACGCUGCAGCACACUUGGUCAGUUCUUCUACAGUUGGUAAACCUCAAGGGGGAGGAACUUCCAUCACGUCGGGCCUUGGACAAACAGCGGAGAAUGUGCUGGCCUCGGGAUUUAAUACCCUUGCUGCGGUCGAGUUCCAACAAAACGAUGGCGCAGAAAACCAUACGUUUCCACAAGGCAAGUCUAGGUGUCCAUUAUCCGUGAUAGUUGCUUAUCAUUUAUAA